AUGGGUCUCUUCAGUAAGAACAAGCCGCCUCGUCCCGAAAGGGUUCCGACGGACACCGUUGUACCACUGUCAUUCACAGAUGAUCUGCCACUUUUACGCGCCAUCUCUGUGCAUGUUACUUGCCGGUUUGACAAUAUACUUGACACAAAGGUGCUUCGCCUUUCGCUGGAGCGGUUGUUACAGCUGGAUGGCUGGCGGAGGCUAGGCGCACGUUUACGACUGAAUGAUAAUGGGAAGUUGGAGUACCAUGUGCCGGUGGAAUAUGAUGCAAAAAGGCCCGGAGCAGAAUUCACGGUGGCGAGUUAUUCCAUGGGCAUCGACGAUCACCCUCUGGGUGCCAAGUUCCCUCAAGCUAGCUCGCAACCUGCGUUGGUUGGCUGCCCAACGGAGCUCUUGCCUCUCUGCUUAGGACCUCACAGCCCACGGCAGAUCGAGGACUGGCUUUACUCAGACAGACCACAAUUGGCCAUUCACGUGGUAUCGUUCAACGAUGCGACGCUCGUGACCGUUACGUGGAUACACACGUUGGCCGAUAUCAUGUGGUUGGCCGGCUUCUUCCAGGCAUGGACUGCCGUUAUGAGCGGACGAGAAGAAGAGGUCCCAGAGUUUCAGGGGAUCGGCGAGACCCCAUUGCAGUACCUAGGCAAGGAUACUGCAGGGGAGCCCUAUGCUAAUGAUAGGUUUCUGCUGCAAAGCCUUGGGCUGUUGUGUUUCGCAUUAUGGUACAUUUUCGAGCGGAUCUGGUACCCACGCGAAAAGGAGCGCAUAAUGUGCAUCCCGGAGCGCUUUGUGGAACAACUACGGGCCAACUCACUGGAUGAGCUGAAGCAACAGAAUAAAGAAGGCGCCCCAUUCCUCAGCGAAAGUGAUGUGCUCCUCGCAUGGUGGACGCGAGCGCAAACGAGGGCGCUAGACCCAUUUCCCAAUCGCCUGACAACACUCCUGAAUGUCUUUGAUGUCCGUGGCAUCGCACUUCCCGAAUCCACCCAAAGUAAUACUGCCUUUGUCACCAACGCCGUCCAAGGAUCGUUCACAUUUCUACCCACGGAACAGAUCAUUAACCAACCAAUUAGUGCUCUUGCAUCUCAGAUCCGCCGUAGCCUAGUACAGCACCGCACAAAGCCCCAGGUUGAGGCUUGCUACGCGCGAUGCAAGACUCAUUCGAAGAAUAUCCUUGAUACACCGAUAUAUGGUGCAUCGAACGGUCUCAUGCUUGGUUGCAGUAACUGGAACAGAUCUAGGCUCUUUGACGUGGACUUCUCCGCAGCUGUCAUAAUGAAGGAAACUCGGUGGACUGACUGCACGCAUGGUCAUGGAAGACCAUCAUAUAUCAAUCCUGGAUAUCUAACGCUUGGUCUUUCCUCGCGUAAUACUGGUAGAAUUGUGGGAAAGGAUGCAUCAGGGAAUUGGUGGCUCUCGUAUAGUUUGCGAACAGGUGCAUGGCCAGCUAUCGAGGAGGACCUGAAGGCCUUAGGGGCGACGGAUAAUAAGUGA